CAUCGACUGACACACAUCCCAUCUCAACAACAUCCCCAAAUCGGCAACUCGAGUCACCGACAUCCCGUCUUUGACAACUUCAGACUCUUUUGCCCCCCUGCCACUGUGCAUUACGCUGGAACGUAGGCACAUUUUCGAACCAGACUCCGGGUCGGCGUAACUCCAUCGCCGACAGAAGCAACCCCGCGACGACCACCCGGUCGUAGAGUUCUUAUUUACAAUGGACUCAUCACCUACUUCGCCUCGCGAUGACAUUCGCAAGAGCGAUGUUAUGAUCGACAAGGUCGACGUUCAGCACAAUGAGGAGGCUUUGCGUGAGGCUGAUCGCCACAUGAGCCCCAUGAAAUGUCUUUGGGACAACCCAAAAGUUUUGCUAUGGACUAUUUACGCCAACUUUGGCUCAACUUUGAUUGGUUUCGAGAACUUGGCACUCUCUGUAUGCUUGGCUAUGCCGGCAUUCCAAAUGACCUUCGCAAGUGAGGUCAAUGGAACACUCAUUAUCCCCGCCUACUGGCAAUCAGCCUGGAGUGCGAUGUACAAUGUCAUGAUGUUGUUCGGCUCUCUCUUUGCCGGUUACAUGCAAGAUUGGUUCGGUCGCCGCUCCGUCUUCGCUUUGGCAUCAGUCAUUGCCUCUGCCGGUAUCGCCAUCAGCUAUGUCUCCGAGACACCGCCUGAGUUCCUGGGCGGCAAGAUUGUCACUGGUUUCGCUGUCGGCCUCUUGACUUCGACCACUCAGACAUACGUUUCCGAGAUUGCACCGCUGCCGGUCAGAGGCAUUUGCUUGUCUAUCAACACUAUCAUGCUCAACCUUGGCAUGCUCAGUGCCAUCGCCGCCAGCUUCUCCCGCGUCGCCAUCAUCGACAAGGCCGCCUUCCGCGUCGUCUUCGCCGCCGCCUGGACCUUCCCCGGUCUCAUCCUCCUCGGUCUCCCCUUCGUCCCCGAAUCGCCCACCUGGCUCGUCUUCAAGAACAAGCACGACGCCGCUCGCAAGGCUCUCGAGAAGCUCUCCGGCCGGAACGAGGAUAUCGAUGCGCGCCUCGGCCAGAUCAUCGACAACGUUGAGACCGAGCGUCGCCUGCAGAUGGAGGCCGCUUCCUACCUAGACUGCUUCAAGGGCACCAACUGGAGACGCACGCGCAUCAUCCUCAUCUGCUUCUACAUCCCCCAGGUUGCUGGCGCCGUGCUCUCUUCCAACGCCCCUUACUUCCUCAACCAGACUGGUCUGUCUAGCAAGACCGUCCUCCUGCUCGUGCAGGUCGGUAUCGCCGCUGGUGUUGUCUCUGCCAUUGUCAACUCUAUCAUGAUGGGCAGGCUCCGCCACCGCCCGCUCUUGUUCUUUGGUGUCUCUAUCUGCGUCGCAAUGUACUUCACGAUGGGUGUUGCCGCCGCAUUCCCCAAGACCAACGCCUCGCUCUUGAUGAUUGGUGUUUCGCUGGUCUUCACCUCCAUCUCCUACGGACCCGCAGUGGGUGCCUCCAUGGCCGUGGCCGGUGAGGUCUCCGCUUCAAAGCUCCGUGCCAAGUCGCUUGGUUUCGGCUUCGCCUUCUCCUCCAUUGUGUCCACCGUGUGGACCAUCAUUCUGCCGUACCUCUUCAACCAGGACGAGCUCAACAUGGGCGGUCACAUUGGGUGGAUCUUCUUUGUCAUGGGCAUUCUCAUGUUGGUGGUUCUCUACUUUGAUGUUCCGGGCACCAAGGGACGCACGUUUGAGGAGUUGGACAUUAUGUUUGAGCAGGGCAUCUCGGCGCGAAAGUUUGAGUCGCACAAGCUUAACAUGGGGCCUGUGGACACCAAGUGAGUUGUGUGUCUCGCGGCCCGCGGGAUGUUGCCGACAGACGCGUGUGUGUGCGUUUAGUUAUGGAGCCCUCUCUCUCCUGUUUUGGGACGAGUUUGUUUUGAGUUUCGAAGACUGUUUUGGUAGAACUGGAAAUGAGAAAAACUCUUUAAGCGGGUCUCGCCGCAGUUGCUUCAAAAUCCUUGUGUCCUGCAAUC